UCUGCUGGGGUUAGCAGAGCAGCUGGUGAAGUGGCGGAAUCCCGACAGGCGCUGAGCUGAGGAGGACCCCUCCCUCCACCAAAGGUACAUUGACUGAAGUUUAAUGAGAAGAACUGUGACCAGCUAGGAGAAUUACUGCAAGGAAUGGAAUUAGCUCAUAGCUUAUUGCUGAAUGAAGAAGCAUACAAUCAACUAGGUGAAGUUCAGAAGGCCGAGUUUAUUUUUGAGUGGUUGAGCUAUUUGGAGAAGCUGUUGUUAGCAACCAGCAGGAAUGAUGUAAAGGAGAAACAGAAGACUCUUGUUGAACAACUCCUCUCCUUGUUGAAUAGCUCCCCAGGGCCGCCUACCCGCAAACUCCUUGCUAAGAAUCUAGCCAUUCUUUAUAGUAUUGGAGACACAUUCUCUGUUUACGAGACAAUCGAUAAAUGUAAUGAUCUUAUUCGUAGCAAAGAUGAUUCUCCAAGUUAUCUUCCCACUAAGCUUGCUGCUGUGGUAUGUUUGGGUUCCUUGUACAAGAAAUUGGGUAGAAUACUGGGUAACACCUUUACUGAUACGGUGGGGAAUAUUCUUAAAGCUAUGAAGAGUGCAGAGUCUCAAGGUCGAUAUGAGAUUAUGCUAAGUCUGCAAAAUAUAUUAAAUGGACUGGGAGCUGCCGCUGCACCUUGUCACAGGGAUAUUUAUAAAGCUGCUAGAUCCUGCUUAACAGAUAGAUCUAUGGCUGUUCGUUGUGCUGCUGCAAAGUGUCUCCUUGAACUUCAGAAUGAAGCCAUCUUUAUGUGGAGUACGGACCUGGACAGUGUGGCUACACUGUGUUUUAAAUCCUUUGAAGGUUCCAAUUAUGAUGUGCGGAUUUCUGUUUCGAAGCUACUAGGCACAAUAUUAGCUAAAGCUACAAUUUCUAAACAUCCAGGAACAGCAGCCUCACGUCAAAGCAUUCGCAGAGUAUCUCUGGAGGAAGUUCUGGAAAUACUAGGAACAGGGUUUCUACGUGGAAGUUCAGGAUUUCUUCGAGCCAGUGGAGAUAUGCUGAAAGGAACCAGUUCAGUCAGUAGGGAUGUUCGAGUUGGAGUUACUCAGGCUUAUGUGGUAUUUGUUUCAACACUAGGAGGAGCUUGGCUAGAAAAAAAUUUUGCUGCCUUUCUUUCUCAUGUCCUAAGCCUUGUGUCACAGUCACACCCUAAAGCCACCCAAACUCAGAUUGAUGCUGUCUGCUGUCGCCGUUGUGUUUCAUUUAUUCUUCGAACUACUAUAGGAGGUCUUGGAGAAAAGGCUCAACUUGCUGCUGUAAAGGAUAUUUUCCAGGCUAUCUGGAAGCUAAAGAAAGUUAUGGAUGCCGUAAUGAGUGAUGGUAAUUUGGAUACCCGGCUUGGUUCCACAGAUACAGCAGCUAGCCAGCAUAUGCUAGUUUGUGCUUUACAAGAACUUGGAAAUGUCAUAUACAGUCUUGGUACCACAGUGGCACCUUUGCUACAGGAUUCAAGUACAGGCCUUCUUGACAGUAUCUUGUCAGUUAUUCCUCAUCCUAGCAUUUCCGUUCGACUAGCAGCAGCUUGGUGUUUACACUGCAUUGCCAUGGCAUUACCUUCCUACCUAACACCUCUCUUGGAUCGUUGCCUUGAACGGCUUAGUGGACUUAAGUCUUCACCUGAAGCAGUAACUGGCUUUAGUUUUGCUGUGGCAGCUUUGUUGGGAGCAGUAAAACAUUGCCCUUUAGGAAUUCCUCAUGGAAAAGGCAAGAUUAUUAUGACAUUAGCAGAGGAUUUGCUGUGUUCUGCUGCUCAAAACAGUCGCCUUUCAGCUCAGCGCACACAAGCUGGAUGGUUGCUGAUUGCUGCUCUGAUGACAUUAGGUCCUGCAGUUGUUAGCCAUCACCUUGCUCGAGUUCUGCUGUUGUGGAAGUGUGUCUUUCCAGCAUCUCCUAAAGAUCUAGAAACAGAAAAGAGCCGAGGAGAUUCAUUUACAUGGCAGGUAACCCUGGAAGGACGAGCUGGUGCGCUGUGUGCUAUCAAGAGCUUUGUUUCCCACUGUGGUGAUCUCCUUACUGAGGAAGUAACUCAGCGUCUUCUUCCACCACUUCCUUGUGCUGUGGAUUUGCUAACUCAGCUUUCUUCAAUACUAAAAACGUAUGGAAGUCCUUUGAAAACACCAUCAGUGGUUUAUAGACAAAGACUUUAUGAACUGUUGGUUUUAUUGCCUCCUGAGACCUAUGAAGGAAACAUCUGUGCCAUCCUCAAAGAGCUGGCUGCUGACUUGACUGCCCCUGAUACCCAGGUGGCAGCAUCUACAUUUUUACUUCCACCCCUCUGUCAUCAGGAUGAUCUUUUGAUAUUAAGUCCUUUGCUACAAGAAACUGACCAUAGAUUUAUUGAAGAGCAACUCCUGCUUGGUAAUGGUAUUGCUUGCGGAAGUCUUGAAUAUGACCCUUACUCUGUUUAUGAGAAAGACGUAGAGGGAGAUUCAGUGCCUAAGCCCCUACCUCCAGCACUAUCAGUUAUUGGUUCUGCAGCCAAACUCUUUGGGGUUGUAUGUGCUCAUGUGGGAGUAACUCAAAGGCUUCUUAUAUUGGAACAGCUCUUGGACCGUAUAAAGCACACAAAAGGAGCUCGUCAGCAAGUGGUUCAGUUACAUGUUGUUUCUUCAGUUUCUAGUUUUUUGAAGUAUGUGGCUGGCUCCAAGGGAUGUUUAGGUCCAGAAGAAAUGAAAAGAUUUGCACUAACAUUAGUUACAGGAGCCCUAGAAAGUCCCAACGCCUUGCUGAGAUGUGCAGCUGCAGAGGCAUGGGCUAGAUUAGCCCAAGUGGUUGAUGAUGGAGCUUUUACUGCUGGAUUAGCUCAAGUUAGCUUUGACAAAUUGAAAUCAGCAAGGGACGUGGUUACUAGGACAGGAUACUCAUUGGCCUUGGCGUCCCUGCAUAGGUAUUUAGGAGGAAUAAGUUCUUCUCAACACCUAAAUUCUUGUGUUGGAAUCCUUUAUACUUUGGCUCAGGACAGCACUUCUCCUGAUGUGCAGACCUGGGCAUUACAUUCUUUGUCAUUGAUCAUUGAUUCUGCUGGCCCACUCUAUUAUGUGCAUGUGGAACCUACCCUUUCUCUUAUUAUAAUGUUGUUGUUAAAUGUGCCUCCUACUCAUGCUGAAGUUCACCAAAGCCUUGGUCGCUGUUUGAAUGCCCUUAUUACCACGUUAGGUCCAGAGCUACAAGGUAACAGUACUUCAAUUUCUACCUUAAGGACUUCCUGUCUACUGGGUUGUGCAGUAAUGCAAGAUAACCCAGAUUGCCUUGUUCAAGCUCAGGCCAUCUCUUGCCUUCAGCAGCUUCAUAUGUUUGCUCCACAGCAUGUCAACUUGUCUAGCCUGGUUAGCUGCCUCUGUGUGAAUCUUUGUAGCCCCUACUUGUUACUGAGAAGAGCAGUACUGGCUUGCUUACGUCAGCUCGUACAAAGAGAAGCAGCUGAAGUUUCAGAAUAUGCUGUUAUGCUUGCUAAGGAUAGCAGAGAAGAGUUGACUUCAGGUAAUAUCUCUUGUUUGAUAUCUCAUAUAAUUUCUUGCCAGGUAGGAGCAGCACUUAGACCAGCCUUCACUUCAGAGACACCACCUCAUGUCACUGCCAAAGCAUGUCAGGUUUGCAGUGCCUGGAUAGCAAGUGGAGUUGUAAGUGACCUUAAUGAUCUACGAAGAGUUCAUCAGUUGCUUGUCUCAUCAUUAACGAAAAUACAGGCUGGAAAAGAAGCUCCAAGUCACUUAUAUAAUGAAAGUGCUUCUACCAUGGAGAUCCUAGCUGUGCUUAAAGCCUGGGCAGAGGUCUAUAUAAUUGCUGUGCAAAGCCAUAAAAACCACAGACAACCUUUGAAGACUACCACCUGUUUAGAAGACAGUAUCAGAUAUGGAUCAUGUUCAUCAGAUGGACUACUUGACUUAGUCUACACAGAUCUUGGCACACUAAGCAGACUCUGGCUUGCUGCACUUCAGGAUUUUGCUCUUUUAACUUUGCCUUCAGAAUUUGCCUCCCAACUUCCUGCUGAAGGCGGUGCUUUCUACACAGCAGAGACUAGUGAAAAUGCAAAAUUGCAUUAUUACAACUCUUGGGCGCUUAUCCUCCAUGCUACGGCAUUGUGGCUUACAAGCACGGGCUUUGUUGUUGCUGACCCAGAUGAAGGAGCAUCUAAUCUCUCCAGGCCUGUAACACCAACUUCCAUGUGUCAGGGUUCAUCAUCUGGGGCUACCAUAAAGUCCCCUGAGGAUGUCUACACUGAUAGAUUCCAUCUUAUUUUAGGAAUCAGCGUGGAAUUUCUAUGUUCCUUACGUUCAGACGCAACCAUGGAAAGCAUAACUGCUUGUUUACAUGCAUUGCAGGCACUUCUAGAUGUACCUUGGCCCAGAUCAAAAAUCGGCAGUGAUCAGGACUUGGGUAUAGAAUUGCUGAAUGUUCUACAUCGAGUAAUUUUGACCAGAGAAUCACCUUCUAUUCAAUUGGCUUCACUUGAAGUGGUAAGGCAGAUUAUCUGUGCCGCUCAAGAACAUGUAAAGGAAAAAAGACGAAGUGCAGAAGUUGAUGAUGGAGCUGCUGAAAAGGAAACUCUGCCAGAGUUUGGAGAGGGAAAGGACACCGGAGGACUUGUGCCUGGGAAGUCUUUGGUGUUUGCAACACUGGAAUUGUGUGUAUGCAUUCUAGUUAGACAGCUCCCAGAACUAAAUCCUAAAUUGACAGGUAGUCCAGGAGUAAAAGCUACAAAGCCACAGAUGCUAUCAGAGGAUGGAAGUAGAUUGGUUUCAGCUGCGUUGGUUAUCCUUUCUGAACUUCCUGCAGUGUGCUCUCCUGAAGGAAGCAUCUCAAUUCUCCCUACUAUAUUGUACCUCACAAUUGGGGUCCUCAGAGAGACUGCUGUGAAGUUACCUGGGGGCCAGUUAUCUUCAACAGUUGCAGCUUCCCUACAGGCUCUAAAAGGAAUAUUAUCUUCUCCAAUGGCCCAGGCAGAAAAGAGCCAUACUGCUUGGACUGACCUUCUUCGAAGUGCUUUAACAACAAUUCUUGACUUUUGGGAUCCAGUUGAUGAAACACACCAAGAACUUGAUGAAGUCAGUCUACUUACUGCUAUCACAGUGUUUAUUUUGUCUACCAGUCCAGAAGUAACUACUAUCCCAUGCCUUCAGAAGCGCUGUAUUGAUAAAUUUAAAGCUACUCUUGACAUAAAAGAUCCUAUGGUACAAAUCAAGACCUACCAGCUCCUACAUUCCAUCUUUCAGUAUCCAAAUCCAGCUGUUUCCUACCCAUAUAUUUACUCUUUAGCAUCCUGUAUCGUGGAAAAACUACAGGAAAUAGACAAGAGAAAACCUGAAAACACUGCUGAGCUUCAGAUCUUCCAAGAAGGCAUAAAGGUCUUAGAAACACUGGUUACUGUUGCUGAAGAACACCAUCGCUCUCAGCUGGUGACUUGUCUUUUGCCCAUCCUCAUUUCCUUCCUUUUGGAUGAAAAUGCUCUGGGAUCAGCAACUUCCAUAAUGAGAAGUUUACAUGACUUUGCUUUGCAAAGUCUCAUGCAGAUUGGACCCCAGUAUUCAUCUGUUUUUAAAAGUUUAGUGGCUUCUUCUCCAGCCCUAAAAGCCCGCCUUGAGGCUGCUAUAAAGGGCAAUCAGCAAAGUGUGAAAGUCAAGAUACCGACAUCUAAAUAUACUAAGAGUCCUGGAAAAAAUUCAAGCAUCCAAUUAAAGACCAAUUUCCUCUGAUGUCAUUUUUUUGGAAUAGUAAGCACCUUAAUAUAAUACUUGAUCAUUUCCUUCUCUUUGGGGACAAAAGUGACAUGUUAGACACAGUGCUCUUGGAGGUCUAGUUGAUUGUUUUACCUUAAAUAGCUGUAACUUUUCAAA